CCAAACAACCGUGUACUGUAGAUGUGCAUGUGACGUACACCAUAGCUCAUCUGACUGAACACAGCAGUCAGACGUCAUCGUCAGCGAGAACGGCGUCGGUGAAGCAUUGGUUUGAGAGACAGUCCGUUGUGUUGCUGAAGAUAGGUACAGACAGUAUACAGUGAUCCAGUUCAAAAUGUCCGCUGGGGUGAUCUGGCUGUGUGUACUAAGCUGUGCCAUCACGUAUGGGUCAGCCCGUGAGAGGGAGAAAAGGCAACUCACACCAGUGAAUCCUACCUGUGAUCAAAUAAACCCAUGUUUGUUUCAAUCGUUUUGUCACAACGGUGGAACAUGCAAGAAAAACAUGACAACAUGUGGCCUGUAUUGUAUCUGUAGGCCAGGGUUCGCUGGAACAUCGUGUGACGAAUGUGAGACCGACCCGUGCGCUGUCCACUCAACCUGUCAGAACGGAGGAACCUGUCUUUCUAACAAAGCCUGUGAACCCAAAUGUAACUGUCCUUCUGGUUUUACGGGGGAUCUUUGUGAAACGCCGGUGUCGUCAACGACGAUGACUGUUACAUCACCUACAACAAAUGAAACAUCGUCACCGUCAACAAAUCAAACAUCGGCACCUUCAAACACAACAGGUGCUGAAUGUGUUUUGGACAAGUGUUUGUAUAACAACUCAUGCAAUAAUGCAGGAACGUGUGCCGAUUGUGGUGAAUCCUGCAUUUGCGCGACAGCGUAUACGGGGAGAUUUUGUGAAACUCCGUUGUCGUCUCCUCCGAAAGCUGACACUACAGUCGGCUCAACAAGAAAAACACCAACACAUUGUAAGAACGGUUAUAUCUGUUUCGAUGGUGACUGUGUAACAACAAGUGACGGUACAAGAUGCGAGUGUGACAAAGGAUUCACUGGUCAGUUUUGCAAGUGGCCUUGCAACCUUGACUGCGGGGAUAAUGGGGAGUGCGCUCGCCUGGACAUCAGCUCACCCGAGUUUUGCAACUGCAUCUUCACACACACAGGUGCUACCUGCGCUGAAGUAAUCCAAAGAAAAACCAUUGUGACAGUAGCCGGAAACUGGAAAUGGUUGAUUGGGAGUGUAGUUGUCGUGUUGGUCGUCCUCGGACUGCUUGUCCUCGUGGCCUAUGUCCUCAUGAAGAAGAGGAACAUCUUCAUCAUGCGAGUCCUGUACUACUUCCAGCCUCACGAGGAUGAUGAUGGAAAGGAAUUUGAUGCCUUCGUAUCCUACAAGUCCUCACCAGAGGAUGAGACGUUCGUUUAUAAGACCUUGUAUCAAGAGCUGGAGAAACAACGGGGCUUCAAGCUGUGCCUGCACCAGAGAGAUUUUGUCCCUGGAGAAACAAUAGCGAACAACAUCCUCUGGGCCAUCGAGAAAAGCCGGAGGACUAUUCUGGUUCUGUCCCCGCAUUACAUGGAGAGUGACUUCACUAGGUUUGAGUACCAGGUGGCCCACAACGAGAUGCUGAAGCAGAAACACAAGGUCAUCCCUCUCCUGCUGGAGGACAUCAGUCAGCAGAAGCACCUCACAGACAGGACUCUCUCCAGCAUCCUCAAGUCCAUCACCUACAUAGAGUGGCCACAGAAUGGAGAUGAGAGUACGCUCAAGGCAUUCUGGCGCAGGCUUGAACUCUCUCUGCCCAAAAUCAAGUCCAGGUCCAUUGAAGAUGGCGGGACAGACACAACAACAUCAAGACAGAUAUCUUAUCCAAAUUCUGCUUUUGAAUCAUGCCAGGAACCUACAGAUUUGAUUGGAGCUGAGGAAAAGCCAGAAAAGAAUGUGUUGAAGAUACAGGACAACAUGCAAUCACAGCAGGUUCCAACCAAGGACGAUUUUGAGGGUAUUGAACUUGUGGUCGAAACUGAUGACAGGAAAGAUCCAUCAAGUGUUAAGAACUUGAAGGCCUUUUUUGCAGAACCAUCCAAUGAUGACUUGUUUAAUGCAAUGCGAGAAAGUUCGGAGAAAUUGGAAACAAACUUAGAAGUGUAAUGUUAAGCAUAAAACUGCCAGGAAAAAUAGUGUUACGCGAUCAUGUAAAUAAGGGUUUGAAUCUAAAUGACUUUUUAUGCAAUGUAAAUAUGGUUAUAACUUGCAACUGUAUCGUAUAAAAUGUUACCAUGGAAA